GCGGUUGUCGCCAUCGAAAUGUCCAAUCUCCCUUGUCUUCAUUCUUCUCCAGCCCGAUUUCGUCUGUUUCCAGAUUCACUCCGCACCACAGCAUGGGCACAGCAUGGGCCAGUCCAUUUCCAUUGGAGCCUUGUUCCCAUUAAGACUACGCCUCUGGCUCGGCAGUGUGCUCUUUCGCCCCCUCGGCCUAAAGACUUUCAGAGUAAGCUGGCGUCGUGUCAUCAAGGGGCCAUGCGACCCUCCUGAGAUUGAGGCUAUGCGAUACAUCGCCACGCACACAGAAAUCCCAGUCCCUCAGAUCUACGCUAUUCAUACCGAGAACUGUUGUAUCUAUAUUGAGAUGGCGUAUAUCCAAGGCGAUGCCUUAGAUACCACCUGGGCUGACCUUUCAACGAACGAGAGGAACACCAUCUUUGCAGACAUCAAACAGUACGUCUCUUCUCUUCGGGAGCUUCAGCCCCCCUCGCAAGAUAUCGUCUGCUCGGCUUCUCAUAAUCCCGCCUAUGACUGCCGUAUCGGAUUUCAAUUCUUUGGUCCCAUGACCCAUGACGAAUUUCAUUCUUUGACGCGAAAGCACUUACUUAUGGACGACGUCAAAGCCGGUGCUCUCGGCCGAGAAGUGGCCACAACGCAUACGGGUCGCUAUCGCACUUAUUUUACGCAUGCGGACCUAGCCCCGAGAAAUAUUAUUGUGCGUCACGGGCGAGUUGCUGCCAUCAUCGACUGGGGGUUUGCAGGAUGGUAUCCAGAGUACUGGGAGUUCACGAAGGCGCACUAUAAUUUCUUCUCCGAAGAUUGGGAGGAGUGUCUGUCAAUUGCUCUCCCCGCCUACAACACGGAGCUCUUAGCCGAACAGACCCUCUGGAGAAUGCUGCCGGAACCGGGUGCAGCAUCCACAUCCUUUUUCCGCGAUGGAACCAGCUUUUCGCACAAAGGUUCACAGCCUUCUGAAGCCUGGCUGGCUGCUAGAAAAGGUCGUCAGCAGGCAGACUUGUGGUCUUUGGCCCUAAUUCCGAGGAAUUGACACGUGUAUCUCUUCUC